AUGCGCCUUGCCGCUGCCCUCCUCGCGGCCGUCGCCGUAGAGGCGCUGGGCGACCUUCCCGCCGCCCACAGGCCGCAGCACUACUUCCCGCGCCUCGUCAGGAGAGACCUCGACCGCACCUCAUGGGGCGCCUCCUCCAGGAAGAUGGUCAAGGCCGGCGAGCCCAGCGACCUGCCGCACUUCUACAACGCCAUCAUCAUGCCCACCGCGGCCUCGACCGACUCCUCGACGACGACCACCACCACCAGCAGCAGCGAUACCACCAGUGGAACGUCUACGGGGGACUCUAGCUCGAGUGGAAGUGCAACCUCAAGUGGAGGUGCCAGCUCGGGUGCGGGUGAAAGUCCCAGUCCAACUCCCACUCCCACUCCCACUCCGACUCCAACGCCAGACGACCCGGUAACGACGCCUCCUCCAACGGUCCAUCCAACGGCGCCAACGGUCCCUUCAAUGCCGUCUGAACCUUCUGAGCCCGCCGAACCUAGUGAGCCAAGUGAGCCUACGCUCAUUAUCCCAACGGCCCCUUCAAGCAAGCCCACAGUGCCAGAAGAGCCAACGCCGUCAACACCCCCAACACCGCCAAAUGAGCCCGUCUCCUCCUCGGUGCCGCUGCCUCCUGUCCUGUCUAGCCCUCCGGUUACCUCUCCCAGCAGCCCUGAGAUGUCUACCCCGGCUCCCACUCUGCUGCCUACCUCGUUUCCCACCUUGCUUCCCCCUGAGGAGCCGCCGUCUUCGUCUGCUUCUUCUCAGCCUCACCAGGACCCAAGCUCCUACACUCCUCCUCCGCAGGUCCCACCGUCAUCAGAGGCCCCUAUUAGCCCCCCAGCUGAUCCCACCAGUACCCCCGGUGCUCCUGAGUCUCCCGUGCCUACAUCUGUAGUGCCCUCCAUGCCUUCGAUGCCGUCAAUGCCCUCCAUGCCCUCCAUGCCUCCCAUGAGCCCCUCGCAGGGAGUCAGUCACCCCGGCGGCGUGCCUACUGGAGACAGCACUCUCAUCCCGCUGCCCACUCUGUUCCCCUCGUCCUCUGCUCCGGCUUCUCCCCCUACCCAGCCCGGUCAAUCUUCUCAACCUUCUCGGCCUGGUCAGUCCUCCCAGCCAAUGCAGCCUACUCCGCCAGAGACUCCUACUAUCCCGACUACUUCGGCCACGGGAGGCAUGACUUACCCGGGCGGAGGCACAGGAACUGGAUCGAACCCGACCUCUACUGAGGGAACAGGCAUUCUGCCCACUCUCCUCCCAAUUCCCUCCGAUUCUACUGGUACUUCCACUGGUACUAGUAUGGGUACUUCCACUGGUGCUGGUACUUCCGCUGGAACUAGUACUACUGGGACUGGUACUUCUACGGGAACUCCUAUCAGCUCCCCAUCUUCUCCCGUCUCCAUCUCUAUUCCAAUCUCCCUCCCAACCGACCUCACCAGUGUCACCAAUUUCCCUACCUACUCUCCCUCCGGUGACCCAGCUACCGUCACCGGCCCUGGCAGCGGAACAGCCACGACCCCUAUUACUUCUAUUCUUCCCACGGGAACUGGAACCUCCACUGGAACUACAGGCACAGGAACUUCAACUGGAUCGUCUACCGGAACCUCUGCUACUACUGGCACCAGCACAGAGACGCCUACCUCAGUCACCUUCCCAUCGCUCUCAAUCCCUACUGGUACCGCCUCGACUUCCUCCGGCACCAUUGGAACUGGCAUCACCACAACUCCCACCGGCACCGGCACCGGAACCAUGGGCAGCAGCACGUACUCCUCCCACCCAACUUCUGUCUCGGAGACCUCCACCUCUGGCUCUGGCUCGGAUACCUCUACCGUCCAUCCCUCGACGAUGAUGACCGUAACCACCACCACCCGCCCGUCCUCCCACACGCCAACCCCAACUUCCACUAUACCCUCCUCCUCGGCUCCCAUCUCUACCAACUCCGAUACCACUCUGUCCGUGCCAACCUCCAUCAUCAUCCAGCCCUCCACCACCACCACCACUACGUCAGCCACUGCUACCCAUUCCCCCAAGCCGUUGCCAUACAUGAUCUCCCCUCCCAACGCUAAGCCACCACCACCAGACUCGAUCCUCAUCCAGCUAGGAUUCAAUGGCUCUCUACCCUAUGAGUUCAUCGCCCUCAACACCGAUGUGGUCACCCAAAUCUUUACUUUCAUGCCCUUGGGAGUAUCUUAUGCCGUCGAAGUCGACAAGGACGAGACCCCCAUCACAGGUAUCGGGCAGUAUGACAGGGGUACCCGCAAGGGCUACACCACCGCCCUCGUCUUUUGCUACAUCCCCAAAGACGUUUACAAAGUUCUUGCAACCAGUCUCUCCACCCCGCAGUCCAGGCUCUACACUAAUCCGGACGCAUCAACCUUCACACUCAUGUCCAUGAUCGACCCUACCAUACCCUUACUUGCCGGUGGUCAAACAGUGCCCGGGGGAGGCAAUGCUCCAUACCCAGGUGGCCUUCCCGGUUCAGGCAACAAUGGCGGCAACGGUGACGGUACGGACGGUAACGAAAACAAAGGAAAAGGUCCCGGAGGCUCGGCUGGCGGAACUGGCAUCAAACCAACUGCAGUCGGCAUCGGUCUAGGCGUCGUCGGUGGAGCUGCCCUGUACGGAGCAGCCAUGUUCUUCGUUGCUCGCCGCUACAGAAAGAAACGCAAUCUACAUCGUCGAUCGGACUCGUUGACCAGUGGUAUGGGCUCCCCAACGCCUUACCACGAUGAGCAGCGUGCCGGCAGUCCGUUCGCAGGCACAACUAUGAACGAUCGGUACUCGGGUGCUGGCAGUGGUCGGACAGCGCAGAUCAGUGCGCCUGUCAUGGCUGAGAACUCCCUUGGCUGGAAUUAG